ACAAAAUGCCUUGUUGCGCCCAAUGGUAUUGUAGAGCUCACAACUGCUUGAGGCUAACGUGCAUUUUAUUUUUAGUUGUUUUAUGACAGAGAAGGCUGCUUUGCGUGGGGAAAGCCCCUCCGUGUUGCCAGCAAGAUAAAGCUUCAAAACAAAGAAGACGGUGCGAUGGUUCCUCCUGUCGAAGUUGGUUGCUUGGCGUUUUAGCUCAUUACUGCUUUUACUCCUUUUAAUUGAGCUAUUAUGUUGGCUGAAGAUUGUCUUGGCUUGUUUUGUUGUCCGCUUGUCUGUUAUCGCUGGGUGCUGUUGAAGAGGAGCUCGAGGGAUCUACGGAAAUGAGAGGGAGUUGAGCACACAAAGGUAUCACGGCGAGGUCACGGGCUAAACCUGUAGCUUUGGGGAAAAAAAGAGUCGGGGGCAGACGGAGGGGCUCGCAGGACGGUUGAAAUGGAAAGAAAGCCUCUGGAGAGGGGACAAUCCGGUAUUUAGACCGCGUACGACGGGGGAGAGAAGAUAUGGGUGAGACAACACCGAGAAGCGAAAUGCAACGAUCAGAGUCAAAAACACAACUGCUCGGACCUUCUGCUAGGAGGGGAGUGAAAUCUUGGAGGGCACUUGAAGACAUCCCCCCCCCUUCCCUCUUCUACCAUCUUCUAUUCACCAAGUCAUGCCACAAGAAAACUUUUUUUGGGCGAGGGAUGUCCCAUAAAGGAGAAUCCUCUUGAAAUGUAAACGCAAGUGAGAAUCUUAGCAGGACGAGGGAUGGCAGCGUGUAAGUUACAGUUCCUUCUCGUUAGCAAGAAGCGGUAUCCCUGCAUAAAAUCUAGAAGUGAUAAAGGACGAAAUCUCGGUCAGCUUCCAAGAGGCCACUGGAAAGAGACCGUCACGUGACAUCUAGUGCCAAUGUUCUUCCAGAAGGUCGUCAGGACCCUGGUAGCCGGUAUCUCGACUUUUGGAAAUGCAGAAAACGACCUACUACGACAACUCAACACUUUUUGGAGGUUAUUCGUACCAGGGGGCAAACGGUUUUGGCUAUGAUGCUCCGGCACCAGCCUUCCAGAGCUCAGCGCAUCUCGAGGGUGACUACCAAAGGUCUGCAUGCUCCCUGCAGUCACUCGGCACCAGCGCACCCCCACAGCCUCAGCAUGCCAAGACGAAAGAGCUUAACGGCAGCUGCAUGCGGCCCAGCCUGCCACCUGAACACCACCCUCCCCCCCAGGUUUCCCCGCCUCAGAACCCUGUAAACAUUGCUGCCUCAAAUGCCACCCAGCAGCCAGGCGGUAGCAGCGGUGGUGGUGGUGGUGGUGGCAAUGGGGGCACGGCCAAAUCAUCAUCCAAGUCAUCCUCUCUAGCCUCAAACCCAGCCCUCACCAAGCAAAUCUUUCCUUGGAUGAAGGAAUCACGUCAGAACACCAAGCAAAAAAACAGCUCCCCCAGUGCAAGCUCUGUUAACGCGGAGAGCAGCGGUGGUGAGAAAAGCCCUCCGGGUUCUGCAGCUUCUAAGAGAGCACGCACGGCUUACACCAGCGCACAGCUGGUGGAACUCGAGAAGGAAUUUCACUUCAACCGAUACCUGUGCCGGCCACGGCGUGUGGAAAUGGCCAAUCUGCUCAAUCUUAGUGAGCGGCAGAUCAAGAUUUGGUUCCAGAACAGGCGAAUGAAGUACAAGAAAGAUCAAAAGUCAAAAGGCAUUGGCUCGUCCUCAGGGGGGCCAUCCCCUACAGGAAGUCCCCCCCUCCCGAUGCAGUCUUCAGCUGGUUUCAUAAACUCAAUGCACUCGAUGGGCAGUUAUGAUGCUCCAUCCCCGCCAUCUUUCAACAAGCCCCAUCAAAAUGCAUAUGCCAUGUCAACAGCCUAUCAGAACCCAAUGAAGGGUUGCCCACCACAACAAAAGUAUGGAAACACUGCUCCGGAUUAUGACCCACAUGUGCUACAGAGUAACAGUGGCACCUAUGGGACACCAAACAUGCAGGGUAGCCCCGUGUAUGUAGGAGGCAGCUAUGUUGAUGCCAUGCCUGCCACUGGGCCUUCUAUGUAUGGCCUCAAUCACCUACCACACCACCAGUCGGCUAGCAUGGACUACAAUGGAGCCACACAGAUGUCUGCGAACCAGCACCAUGGACCGUGUGACCCACAUCCGACAUACACGGAUCUGUCCGCGCACCAUCCUUCUCAGGGUAGAAUCCAAGAAGCACCCAAGUUGACUCAUCUGUAGCAGGUUUGGACAUUAAAAAAAAAAAAAAAAACUGAAAAAAGAAAGAAAAAAAUUAAAGGAUGACAAACGAAACAGACUAACCCAUGGGGCGAUGCAAUGGGGUUGAAAAAGAUGAUCCAGUGGUUUCUUGCCAUGACUAGAGCACCAAUUUGUGUCAACGUUGUCCUUACAUUCAUAUGUGAGCAUACCAAUUUUACAUGAAUUUUGUAUCCAUAGGUCUAAAUACCCCUUUAAAGUGAUGAACUUCAUGAAAGGUGCAUAAAAAUUGCUAGUUUAUGCCAAGGAAUAGAUUGUCUAGCUAUAUGACCUCAUUACAUCAUUGUAAACGUUUGUGUAUUUCUUCAGCAUUGUUGCAGCAUUCCUCACACUUAGGUUCUAUGGAGGCUGGUAAGGUAUAGGCUACAUUUAAAGUUACUGCAGGUGCAAGAAAACCACUGGAUUGUUUUCGUCCACUACCCUUAUUUCACAUACCUCUUCUUUUUAAACAGUCAAUUUCCAAUUAAUUUGUUCCCAAAACAACAGCAAACUGGAUACUUUAGCAGGAUACAUUGAUCAAGACGUUCAUCUCUUUAUCUGCUUUAAAGGGUUGAAGUCUGUUUAAACUAUGCUACCGACCCCUGCUAUUUAAGUAAAUAUAAAUUUGUUAUGGCUUUUGACACAGGGUACAAAGAAAUGAAUCGUUGAGAAUUCUAGUAAAUUCAAGCUAAUCCCCUCAUUCUCAACUCACUGCCCCUCCCCUUCCCUCUCCUCAAACUCUUUCCCCAGUUCUCUAUCUUUCCCAAUCGUUGGGUUUGCCUACAUUAGUCUAAACUAAUACGAAAGGCCCACAUUUUCUCAUGUCUUGACUUAACGUGGAAACAGGGUAUAUUUGAACAAAAAUGCAUGUCCGGGAAACCGAGCUAAUACGCUCUCGUCUGGGCAUCAUUGUUGCACUUAGAGUUUACAUUUAAUGGAUGAGGAAGAAAAGUAAAUCUUAUUUUAAAUCGGAAGGCCUUCAAUCAGCGUCUUUCGCUAAGUGUGUUCAAGUGAACAUUCAUAAAUAUAUAUUUAUUUGUUAUAGCCAGUUUAAAUACUUUCUUUUUUGUAUUAUUUAUCCCCAUGUAUUUAUAUCGAUAAAAUGUACUUUUUUAGUAUCUUCCUGUUAUAAAAAAGACGUUGUGUUCAUGUCAUUGUAACAAAUUAAUUUUAGUUCUUGUAUUUUAGAGAUCUGUAGGUUUAUGUUACCCUUGUAUAAAUAAUGUCUUGACUUGUACAGGGGGCGCAAGAACGGAAUCAACCCGUUCAUGCAUAGUCGAGGAUUAGACGAAAUAUAGCGAAACAUUUUGAGAAAUUCAUUUGUCCUUUGUAACUACUUUUAUUUCCUUGUUAAGAGUUGGUUGUUGAACAAUUCUUUAAUAAAAUGUUAUGUUAUUCAUUUCCACUCUAGAAAUUCAUGAGUUUACCGAGGUGGUGGGGGUGGGGCAUGGCUGAGCCUGCCAUGGUCACGUGGAGCGAGUCCAAUAGAAUUGCUGAGCACCAUUAGGCUACUGGUUAUGAGAUUGAAAGAGAUGAUUACAAAUAAUUCCAAAUUUACAUAUAACGUAUACAUAUUUUGUUUAAAUCUUGAUCGAUUUUGUUGCUUUGCUUCCUGUAGGCCUACUUAUUACUCAUUCAACAUCAGAUUUGAGACUCUAAACGAAUGUUUCAGCUAUGAACAACAAAGAAGGGAAAUGUGGACUUGUGUUCAUUCAUAAUAGUAAUAAUAAUAUAUAUAUAAAACAUUUAAACAAUAAUAAAAAAUAAAAAAAUAAACGAUGCGAUUUAACCACUAAUAGGCCUACGUCAUAUUAUUCAAAGCAGUAUUGAAUUAAACAUACCGUUAUCAUAUAUACUGCCUUGAUGUUUCUAAAUAGCCCAUGAAAAAUACCAGAGUUGUUAUCACGGGCAGUAGCCUACUAACAAAAUACACUGAAUUAUCUCAUCACAUCCUAAUGCAGUGUACAAACAUGAGGUAUCAAGUAGUCUAAUGUUGUAACAAUCUGUCAUGCAUUCCUGAUGAUAGAUAGAUAGAUAGAUAGAUAGAUAGAUAGAUAGAUAGAUAGACAGACAGAUAGAUAGAUAGAUAGAUAGAUAGAUAGAUAGACAGACAGACAGAUAGAUAGAUAGAUAGAUAGAUAGAUAGAUAGAUAGAUAGAUAGAUAGAUAGAUAGAUAGAAAAAUAUUUUAAACCGCUGUCCUCGGAUAAUACAAAUCCCUUUGUUAAGUCCCAGAACAUCAUUAUUUUUCAAGUGAAAAAUAUCUAUUUGCAAAAAUAAAAAUAAAAUUACUUGACAAUUGUUCAUGUUAGUAGCCCACCGUCCGAAAUAUAAAGAUAAAACACACAAACAAGAAAUAAAAAGAGAAAAUAUAAUUGCGUCCGAGUCUCUCGCAGUCAACUCUGUAGUGGAGGAGAGCCUUACAGACUGACCUUUUCCCGGAGUGCCCACGGCCUACAGCGUGCUUUGUAUUUCCCUAAUAAUACCCAGACACCCACACAUGGCUAUAGUUGUGCCCACUGUUCUUUUAGGCCAAAAAAAAAAAAAAAAAAAAAAGCAAA